AUGAGGCCUGGGCUGAAGCAGCUGCGCUCUGAACAGGCUGCCAUGUGCGUCUGGCCCACGUGGCUUGCCAACCCCAGAGACACUCAGGAAGUCGUGAUACUGCUGGUCCCCAGAACCGGGGUGGUGGGCAUGAGGGGACAUGCAGGCAGAAACGAGGAGGGUCCCCGUGGCCGCCAGUGGCUGGCGUACAUAUGGUGUGGGAAGACGGACCAGGGGGUGGUGGCGAUUGCCUGUAUUCCUGGAAAUUGGGAUAUGAAGCAAGAGAAGAGUGAGUUUGAGAAUAGUGUAGGCUAUAAAAGCAAACCUGCAAUCCAAGAACCCAGGGGUCUGAGGAAGGAGGAUCAUAUUAAUUUCAUUUUUCCCAUUUUCCUAUUUCAAAGGUGUCCUAGGAAAAUAGAAACACAAAAUUUAACACCAGUCCCUGAAUUCCAUCUCAUGGGAUUCUCAGAUGAUCCAGAACUGGAGUCUGUACUCUUUGGACUGUUCCUAUUCAUGUACCUGGUCACAGUGUUUGGUAACCUGUUCAUCAUCUUGGCUGUCUGGUCCAACUCCCACCUCCACACACCGAUGUACUUCUUCCUCUCCAACCUAUCCUUCACUGACAUUUGUUUCAUUUCUACCAUGGUCCCAAAGGUGAUUAUUGAUGUUCAAACUCACAGCAGAGUCAUCUCCUAUGUGGGCUGCCUGACACAGAUGUCUCUUUUUAUCAUGUUUGCCUGUAUGGACAGUAUGAUCUUAACUGUAAUGGCUUAUGACCGGUUUGUGGCCACAUGUCAUCUCCUGAAUUACCCAGUCAUCAUGAAUUCUCGUCUCUGUGUUUCCUUAGUUCUGUUGUCUUUUUUGGUUAGCUUCUUGGAAGUGCAGCUGCAUAUUUUGGUUGCAAUGCAGAUUACCAAUUUCAAGAAUGUGGAAAUUGCUAAUUUCUUCUGUGACCCUUCUCAAGUACUUGACCUGCCCUGUACUAACACAUUUGUAAAUAACAUAUUUAAAUAUUUUAUUGCUACUGUGUAUGGAAUUUUCCCAAUCUCAGGGAUCUUUUUCUCCUACUAUAAAAUUGUUUACUCCAUUCUGAGGAUCCCCUCAUCAGGAAGGAUAUAUAAGGCUUUCUCUACAUGUGAGUCUCACCUAUCAGUGGUCUGCUUAUAUUUUGGAACAGGACUUGGAGUGUAUGUUGGAUCAGCAGUAUCACAUUCUCCCAGAAACAGUGCAGUGGCCUCAGCAAUGUACACCAUGGUCACUCCUCUUCUGAAUCCCUUCAUCUACAGUCUGAGGAACAGGGAUAUCACAAGUGCCCUAUGGAGAAUUUGCAACAGAAUAAUUUAA